CGAUUUCCAAUUUUUUGUCAAUUUGUAAACAUUUAAGUUUCGUCAGAGGUUUUUACUCAAUAAAAGUUUUACUGAUUUGGAAGUAAUCAUGUCUAAAAAUAUUCGUCGCGUAAGAGGAUUUAGAAAAGUUAUGCCUAAAAUAAAUCCCACACCUUAUUUGACAACACAAAUACCGGCAGGAAAGGCAAUGCCUGGACCUCCUCUGGGACCUCAUCUUGGACAGAAAAACAUCAAUGUUGCCUUGUUUUGUAAAGAAUUCAAUGAAAGAACUAAAGACAUUAAGGAAGGCAUACCUUUAUCAACUAAAAUAACAAUUAAACCUGAUCGGACUUUUGAUCUUUCUAUAAUCAACCCUCCUAUUAGCUAUUUUGUGAAGCAAGCUGCCGGCUGUGAAAAAGGCUCAAUGAACCCAGGUCCUGAUGAUGUGGCCGGGAUGAUAACACUCAAGCACGUGUAUGAAAUUGCAAAGAUUAAAAGUCAGGAUGUAACAUUUGAAUGUAUGCCUUUAAAAGAAAUAUGCCAGCAGAUUAUUGAUCAAGCAAGAACAGUUGGAGUUCAAACUGUCCCCAAAAUGACCGUGGAAGAAUAUACAGAAUUUUUGGAGAAACGGAAAGAAGUGGUGGCACGUCAGACGGAAGAAUUAGAAGAGAAACGUAAAGCUAAAAUUCUUCGUCAAGCUAAAGCUGCCAUAUCUUAGCAGAAUUUAUGGUAGUAACGUUUAGAAAUUGUUUGUUAGUUUAAUAAAUUGAAAGUAUGGUUUUGAAGAUGUAUAGCUUGAUUCUUUGGUUAAUAUGUUAAUUGAUGUUUCUCACAAAAUCUAGUGAAAAAUAACUCAUCCUUAGUUAUUUCUUAGUUUAAAUAGUAUUAAGCAAAAUGUUAUCUUUUUAAUUUCUUGCUUUUGAGCUUUCCUGUUUUAAUAGUUUGUAACCUAGAUAUCUCAGAAACUAUU